AUGGAGGGGCUGCUAGAUGGAGUGGCUGCUUCAGUGGUCGCAUGGCAGCGUGGCGUCACAUCACAGCUGAUCCUAGAGCUUUCCCAUCCAAUCAGUUCCCCACCCAUCCCAUCUUCUUGCGCUCUUCCUUCUCUCCCUGCCCACACGCACCCCAUCUUCUCCCAUCCCCCUUGCCUCUCCCAUCCCCCUUGCCCCACCUCCCUCCCCUGUUCCUCUUCCCCCCACUCUCCCUCCCCGCUCCUCCCUCUCCGCUCUUCCCUCCCCCCAUCCCCGCGGGCACCUUUCCUCCGCGGCCUGCGCAGCUCUGCUGCGCGCAUGCGCCACCUCCUGCCUCUCCGCGUCGGUCAGCGGGCGCUCGCCGCGCGGGAAGCAGUCGAAGCACGACACCAGCGCGCCCAUCCCCGCCUGCGCACGGCCGGGACGGCGUCACAGCGGCGCCUGCGGAGGUUCGAGGACGUCUGGCGCGCCGCGCCACGCGACGGCGAGGCGGCGGGCGGCAUGGCGGCGGUGAAGGCGAGUGCGCGGUGCGCUGAGAACGAGGCGGUGGUGGCGUACCUGCAGGGCCGGCAGCGCGAGCUGUGCGGCGAGUGGGACGGCGCGCUGACCCGCGCGUUCCGCAUGGCUAUCGCGAGCAUCAGCGACCACUCGCUGCCCCUGCGCACCCUGAAUGACGCCAGCAAGCUCAGGAACGUGGGUCCCGCCAUCCAGCGCCAGCUCAAGGCGUUCUUCGCCACCCACAAGCCCGCCGCCCGGCCCCGCCCGCCCACCCCGCCCGCCAAUAGCGCGCUGCCAGCUGGCAGCGACCCGGGCAUGGCGGUGGGCGGAGGGGCGAUGGACAUGGCUCCCGUGGGAGGUGGGGGGGGAAGAAGUUUACGGGGCGGCAGGGGAGGUGGGGGCAGGGGAGGUGGGGGCAAAGGGAAAGGGAGAAAGGGAAAGGGAGGAGCAGCGCAUGGGGUGCAGCUUGGCGGAGAGAAAGGCAGCAGGGAGGAGAGGGGCGAGGGGACGAGGCUUAGCACGGUGGGAGCGUCUAACAGCUGCUGCCUCGUGUGUGCAGGUGAUGACGUGGCACAUGGCAUGGACCAAUCAGCAGCGCCCAUGCCGGACUCCAUCCCGCGCAAGCCGCCCAAAUACUCCCCCAAGCGCGGCUCUGCCGCCUUCGCCAUCCUCGUCACCCUCCUGCUGGAGAAGACAAAGGGGCGGCAAGCAGUGCCAGUGGCGGAGCUCAUGGCCGCCUCCAGGGACGCCAACCUGCUGGCCUCCGUCAUCAGGUUCACGGUGCCCCCGGACGACCGCAGCUGGGGGGGGGCGCCGCUGCAGCAGUUUGCAUGCGGGUGGAGCAGCAUGGAGACGCUCGCCAAGCACAACCUCGUCGUCAAGACCGCCCACCCGCCCAGCUAUGCGCUGUCGGAGGAGGGCCAUGCCGUGGCGGUGGACUGCCUGCGCCGCUCCAAGAUGCCAUUGCCCCCCGCCGCUGUUGCUCUGUUGCCAGAACCCACGGACACUGGGGGGGGAGCGGUGGGCAGACAGGCAGUGCAGUGGUCCGCGCAGUUGCUCAACGACCCCUCCGCCAUGCUCGACCUCCCAGGUCACCAUGCCGCCAUCACCAUGCCGCCAUCACCAUGCCGCCAUCACCAUGCCGCCAUCACCAUGCCGCCAUCACCAUGCCACCAUCACCAUGCCGCCAUCACCAUGCCGCCAUCAUCAUGCCGCCAUCACCAUGCCGCCAUCACCAUGCCGCCAUCACCAUGUCGCCAUCACCAUGCCGCCAUGCCACCCACCCACCACACCGUGCCACUCCACCACACCGUGCCACUCCACCACACCGUGCCACUCCACCACACCGUUCCACUCCACAUUGGCCCUCCCCGCCUGCCCCUCCCUCAUCCCCUCCGUCCUCGCUGGCUGCUCUCACGCAUCCCCCUGUUCCCCCCUGCCCCCCGGGGCAGGCAGCAGCGGCGUGGAGGGCGAGGAGGACUGGCAGUGAGCUAUGGCUGCUGCCGUGCUGCCCAUGCUGGGCGCUGGGUGCUGGGCGCUGGGUGCUGGGCGCUGGGUGCUGGGUGCUGGGUGCUGGGCGCUGGGUGCUGGGCGCUGGGUGCUGGGUGCUGGGUGCUGGGUGCUGGGCGGUGGGCGGUGGGCGGUGGGCGGUGGUUGGGUGGUGUUGGUGGUGGUGGUGGUGGUGGUGGUGGUGGUGGUGGUGGUGGUGGUGGUGGUGGUGGUGGUGGUGGUGGUGGUGGUGGUGGUGGUGGUGGUGGUGGUGGUGGUGGUGGUGGUGGUGGUGGUGGUGGUGGUGGUGGUGGUGGUGGUGGUGGUGGUGGUGGUGGUGGUGGUGGUGGUGGUGGUGGUGGUGGUGGUGGUGGUGGUGGUGGUGGUGGUGGUGGUGGUGGUGGUGGUGGUGGUGGUGGUGGUGGUGGUGGUGGUGGUGGUGGUGGUGGUGGUGGUGGUGGUGGUGGUGGUGGUGGUGGUGGUGGUGGUGGUGGUGGUGGUGGUGGUGGUGGUGGUGGUGGUGGUGGUGGUGGUGGUGGUGGUGGUGGUGGUGGUGGUGGUGGUGGUGGUGGUGGUGGUGGUGGUGGUGGUGGUGGUGGUGGUGGUGGUGGUGGUGGUGGUGGUGGUGGUGGUGGUGGUGGUGGUGGUGGUGGUGGUGGUGGUGGUGGUGGUGGGGUGGCUCAGCGAUGUUGCAGGGGGGCAACAUGUUUCCUGGUGCAUGGCACUGCAACUGAGGGCUGCUGCUUCUCGCUUCACACCCUUGUGGGCCAGCAGCGUGCCAGCGUGCCCGGACCCGGACCCGGAUCCGGACCCGGGCUGUCGGCGCAGUUUGGGCUCGCCACUGAGGUGAUGCACUGGGGCCACGGGCGAGGCAGUGCGGUGAGGGGCGAGGCAGUGCGCGUUCUGCACUCCCAUUUCCACCACUAUGAACUCCCUUGCACCACGUCCCUCAACUGCACUGCCAUCACGGAUCAGGAAGGGCCAUGCAUGGUGCAUGCCACUCGCCUGCCAUGCAUGGUGCAUGCCACUCGCCUGCCACAUCCCUCCCGUUCUCUUCAACAGUUCCCCUCCUCCCCCCACCUCUCACAUCCCUGCCACCCCCCUCUCGCAUCCCUCAACCGCCCUCCCCCCCCCCAGGUGCACGCGCUGCCAGCGGGCGACGCCAUGUGGGUGGCGAGGCAGAGGGCGAGCGGGCGCGACUAUGUGCUGGACUUCAUUGUGGAGUUCACACGCGCGCACGACCUCUGGAUGGCCAUCAAGUCCUCCCGCUUCCGCGACCAGCGCCUGCGCCUGCAGCGGUGCGGCGUGCGGCGUCUGUUGUGCCUGGUGGACGGCUCACUGGACGACCUCAUCGCCUCCGACCCCAACCGAGCCGCCAUGAUAUCGGCGGAGAUGGAGGAGGGGGUGGACAUACAGCAGACGGCGUCGCUGCACGACACCAAGCACCGCUACCUCGACAUCACCACCGCGCUCACCCGCCGCUACAACGACGCCGCUGCCGCGCUGCACCUCCACCUGCAGCAGCAAGCCCACGCGGGCGGCGCGCCCCCCCCGCCCUGCCCGCUGUACGGCGAGUUCGUGGCGACGUGCCGCUCCGUGCAGUCCGACUCCGUCUGCAACCUCUUCGGCCACCUGCUGCUGCAGGUGCGCUCGGUCUCAGUGGACACGGCCAUCGCUGUGCUGCGCCGCUUCCCCUCACUGCGGGCACUCGAGGGCAACCCAGAGGGGCAGGCGUUGCUGCUGACACGCAUCACAGUGAAGGGGCGCCGCAUAAGCGAGGCCGUCAGCCGCAAGGUGUACGAGAUCGUGUGGACCUAG